AAUGUGCAUAUUUAAAACUAUAUCGGGUUUUUUUCCCGCAAACAGAAAGCUAUAUGCGAUUUUAUUUUAUUUAGUAAAAUGUUGAAAACAAUGUUAAGAAAGCACAUUACCUAGUCCCUACUUGUAUCUUUCUUUGAUUCAUUAUCCUUCAAUGACAUCCUGAACAAUACAUUAAUAGCUUCUGAGAACUAAAGAGACCACUUAUUCUGAUUUUAUACUGCUAUAGUUACCAAUGAUCAUUUCAUUGUGGGAGCAUCGGAAUUUUUUUUUAAAAAAAAACUAGAGUAUUAUUUUAUUUGGAAUAGGAUAGAUAAUGGAUUCAAACCUCUUCUCAUACUGAGAUGUUGUGCCUCUGAAUAAGGUCUUGUUAUUUUGUCAAUCUUUUGAAUUUUGACCAGUAAUUAUAGGGUGGCCGUAACUGAAAUUGCAAGCAAAAUAGCAUUGGGUACUGAUCUAUCUGAAUAAUUUAUUUGAUUGGGGAUUUCAGAUGCUGUAAUCUUGUGCAGCUACCACAUGAAGUGUUUUUGUUUAGUGCGCUGGUUCCAACCACAAGAAUAAACUAUUGUCAUUAGUCAAAUAAUUAUCUUGGUGUUAAAAAAUAAGAACCUGAAGAUUUUGUUUUUAAGAGUCCUUGGAGGAAAGCAUCUACAGUCAUCUGCUCUCUUUGAAUUUCUAAUAGUCCAGGACUUACAGAAGUCACACAACAUAUAUUAUCUUAGAAUGCAUCAUUAGAUUUUUGGCUGUAAGAUCUAAAAUCUAUAUUCACAUGGAACAAGUACAAGUCAUAUCACUCUCAUAUAUAUAUUCCCUUCGUUUCAAAUUAAUUGUCAUUUUAGAUUUGUCCUAAAUCAAAUAUUUCUAUUUUUGAGCAUUAAUUUCUAUAAAUCUAUAUAGUUUAACAAUAUGCGAAUUAUAUAUCAUGAAAUUAUUUCUUGUGAUGGAUAUAUUAAAAUAUAAAUCUUAUGAUGUUAAACUAUAUAAGUUUAGAGAAAUUGAUGUUUGACCUAGGACAAAUCUAGAACGUCAAGUAAUUUGAAACGGAGGAGAUAUAAGAGUCCUCAGACAUCUGUCAACUGUUUUGCUUAGUAUGUCAUGCUGUAAACAAAAGUCAAUUUGCUGGAAUCGAAGGGAGGUUGCUCUAACUUCUAAACUAAGAUACUGUCAAUUUGCUUAUGUUGGUAACUGUGCUUUCCUUUGAUCCAUCUUUGAAUUUGCCGGCACCAAGGAUGAUUUUAUCACUCUACAGUACUGAUACGGUGAUACCUUUCGUUCACAUGAAGCUAUCACAUUACUGACGAACCCAAGGUGAGUAGUACUCAAGAACCUAAACCUAUCUCUGCUAAUAUCAUUUAAUACCAUUCUUUCUUUCUUCCAAUGAGAUCAAUGUGGAGAUGGAGAGCAUCAGUCUUCGUACCAACGAAAACUCUUGCGUAACAGAGCAUCAGAGGGAAAAUAGAAUAACAAGGGGAUAAAAAAAAAUGGAAGCAUGAACUGAUGAUAAUCUAAAUUCCUUGAAAGAUGAGUCAUGGGAAGUUACUGCAACCACAAGAUUUAGUCCAUUUGGUAGUACCGUUUUAGAAGCGAUGAACACAAGGCUUGUCUUAUUCCAUCAAUCCCUGUCCCUCUCUUCUUGAUGUCUCAGCUACUAGCUACCAUGAGUUCAGAUAACUCCCAAGUCCCAAACUGAACUCCAAAACAAGAAAGGUGGCUAGUAAACUGAAUUCAUAGAAGGGACUUCUGCACUGUGACAAUGCUCUAAACUCUGAAGAAUUUAGGACCAGUCACUAAUUAACUAUAUAGUAUAUAUUUAAUAUACAUAUAUAUGUCACUCCUUGCUAGACACAUGGAUCAAAUCCCAAUGCAGCCAUGCCAUUGUCAAUCUCUCUGCUCUCCUCAUGUAACUGAUGAAGCAAAACUUCAGUUACUGCGAAGCUUGAGUUAAACAAUUAAAAUGCAAGCGUAACACCCGCCAUAGUUAAGGGACGAUGACGCAGCUUUUCUUGGAGUGAGAUCAGAGUGCUCCUGCCUGCUGCCAUGGAAGGAGUGAAGCUUCAUCUGCAAUCCUCCGCUGAUCUCUCCCUGUCCGGCGCCUGAUGCCCCGGCGGCAACCGACGCGUGAUUCUCACGGCGCCGCGCCGUGGUGAUCAGCUGGUCGGUUUGAGUUGAGUCAACACUGCAAAUCUGCAAACCGUUGCUAAUUUGCUAUAUAUGCGAGCUUGCUGAUCGAUCGAUCGUUGUUGUUGCGUCGAGUUUGAUCUGUCAGAGCUCGGAGAAGCUUGCUCCAAUGGCGGCGGCAGGUUCUUGCUCCAGGUUCUUCAGGCAGGUCCACGCGCUCCUCCUCAAGAACCUCUCUUUCCAGAGGAGGAACGCCAAGGCGAACGCGGCGAUCGCGGCGUUCCCGGCGCUGCUGUGCGUGCUGCUCGUCACGAUCCAGGCCGUCAUCGACGGCGAGCUGGACCGGCCGCCGUUCCGGUGCGGCUGCGCCUGCGUGCGCCGCGACGGCGGCCGCGCGGGCGCGGGCGCGUGCGCGGCGACGGAGUGCGGCGUGCAGCACUCCACGGCCACGCAGGCGCUCAGCUGCGCCGUGCCGGCGCCACCGAGGUGGCCGGCGGUGACGCAGGUGCCGGACGAGCCGUACCGCGCGCUGACGCCCGUGCACCCGGCGAGGUGUCGCGGCGACGGUGGCAGCGGCGCGUCGGAGGCGCCGUGCCCGGUCGCCGUGCUCACCACCGGCCAGAACCGCCGGCUGACUGAAGGCCUUGGAAGGGGAUUUUUCCCAGAUGUCCCUCCUUCAUACUAUCUUGGUGUGCCCAAUUCCAACAAUUCAUCUUAUAUUGAUGAGUUAUCAAAAAUAGUCCCUGGUACAAGCACAUUACCAGCGCAUGUAUUGUUCAUAGAACCAGGAUUUGUGCCCAAUAGUACCCUAUAUGUGAUUCAAAGAAAAUGUAUAUGGGAUUCGCACAAUACUUCUAGAAGUUCUGAUGCGAUGCCAAUUCAACUCGAUGUGAAGUGCGUUCAAGGUUUAUCACUGUGGUGCCGGAAUUCAGCGGUGAUGAAUGACCAUUUGUAUAAGGGUUAUAAGGGUGGGAAUAAGAGGAGGACAUCGAACGAAUAUCUUGCUGGCUAUGAUUUUCUUGAUACAAGCAAGAGGAGGUUUCAUGUGUAUGUCUCAUACAACUCUACCUUCAGCAGGGACAAUGGACACCAUCCCAUGACAGUUUUGCGUGUUGCACGGUUGGUUAAUAUGGCAUCCACCGCAUAUCUGAAGUUUCUUCGAGGACCUAAUGUAGAAAUGCGCCUGGAAUAUUUGAAAGAAAUGCCAAAAGCUGCAAUGAAAAUCAGGCUAGACCUUACCACACUCCUUGAUGCACUAUUCUUUACAUGGACAGUUCAACUCCUCCUUCCAGUAAUGUUGACAUAUCUUGUUUAUGAGAAGCAGCACAAUUUAAGACUGAUGAUGAAGAUGCAUGGGCUAAAGGAUGGACCUUAUUGGAUGAUAUCUUACGCCUAUUUUUUGUCCCUUUCAGCAGCUUAUAUGAUGUUCUUCGUGAUGUUUGGGUCCCUUAUAGGGCUAGAUAUCUUCAGAUUAAAUAGCUACAGCAUACAAUUUGUAUUCUAUUUUCUAUAUAUCAACCUUCAGAUCGUGCUCGCCUUUCUGCUUGCGUCUUUCUUCUCGUCUGUCAAGUCUGCUAGUGUAAUUAGUUACAUUUAUGUCUUUGGAUCAAGCCUUCUUGGAGAAGCACUUCUGCAAUUGUUCAUUGAAGAUAUUACAUUCCCAAAACAAUGGCUUGUGACAAUGGAGCUUGUUCCCGGGUUCGCCCUCUACCGAGGAUUUUACGAGCUCGCAGAGUAUGCAUUUGCAGGAAGGCAAAUGGGAAAGCCUGGGAUGCAAUGGAGGGACUUGAAUGACCCCAUCAAUGGGAUGAAAGAUGUUUUGCUUCUAAUGUCUAUAGAAUGGAUACUUCUGCUUCCUGUGGCAUUUUUACUGGAUCAUAGACCUACAUGGCAUCCACUGUUCCUCUUUGGGUUUAUGUCAACAAAGCACUCUUCACCAACAAUCAUACCAGACAAAGUGAAACAGAGGUCCAGAAAGGUGUUUGCUGAUAUGGCAAAACCUGAUGUUUUCCUUGAGCGCAAGGUGGUGAAAAAAUUGCUGAAGGAAAUGGACAUGAGGAAUAUGAUCAUAUGCCAUAACCUGAAGAAGGUGUACCCUGGAAAGAAUGGAAACCCUGAUAAGCUUGCUGUUAAAGGAUUGUCGCUUGCUUUGCGCAAAGGACAGUGUUUUGGAAUGCUUGGUCCCAAUGGGGCAGGGAAAACAUCCUUCAUCAACAUGAUGAUUGGACUUGUGGCGCCAACUUAUGGAACUGCCUACAUACAUGGGAUGGAUUUGAGGAGAGAUAUGAAUGAAAUAUAUGCAAACAUUGGUGUAUGUCCACAGCACGAUUUGCUUUGGGAAACUCUGACAGGAAGAGAGCAUCUAAUGUUCUAUGGCCGACUGAAGAAUCUCACAGGUGCUGCUCUACUGAAGAUUUUACUUUUCUUGAUCCAGGCAGUGAAUGAAUCCCUGAAGAGUGUAAAUCUGUUCCACAGCGGUUUCGGCGACAAAUCGGUGAACAAGUACAGUGGUGGCAUGAAAAGAAGGCUUAGUGUCGCCAUCGCACUGAUUGGCAACCCAAAGGUUGUUUACAUGGACGAACCGAGCACCGGAUUGGACACGACAUCGAGGAGCAAUCUCUGGAAUGUCAUUAAGAGAGCAAAGAAGAACUGCACCAUCAUUCUCACCACACAUUCCAUGGAGGAGGCUGAGGAGCUCUGCGACCGCGUCGGCAUCUUCGUCGACGGCAAUUUCCAGUGCCUCGGAACUCCAAAGGAGCUGAAGGCGAGGUACGGCGGCGUGCGGGCGCUGACGAUAACGACGGCGGCGGGGCACGAGGAGGCGGUGGAACGCGCGGUGGCGCGGCGGUGCCCCGGCGCGGCGAAGGUGUACGGCGUGGGCGGGACGCAGCGGUUCGAGGUGCCCCGGCGAGGGGCGCGGCUGGACGGCGUGCUGGGCGCGGUGGAGGCGGCGCGGCGGGCGGCGCCGGUGGUGGCGUGGGGGGUGGCGGACGCGACGCUGGAGGACGUGUUCGUCCGGGUCGCCAUGGACGCGCGCGCCGCCGCCCACGUCCUCUCGUGAGCUUGCUUUAAGUAGCUUUUUAGCUAAUUUAGCGGCGAUCGAGUGGGCGUAGCUUAGCCAGCGGAUGGGCGAUGGAUUGGUGGGGGUGGAUGGUAAAUUCUCGUGUUUCCUAGGGUGACAUUUGCAAAUUUUACAAAACUGACUUUCUGUUUCUAGUAAAGCAUGAACUAUGAAGAGUAAUUAAUUGGUUUUGGGGGCAGUAGCAUUUAUCCGCUACUCACUUCAAUUUAUAAUUAUGAUAAGUUAUUACCUCCAUUUCAUUUUA